CACAGUAAAAAAAAGGAACUAAACAUCAAGAUCAACACCAAGACAUCGACUUAUUGUCAUCUGCCCGUGAAGAAGAAAUUCCACGCCAGCCCAGUAUCCGAGUUCCGCCAUUGCCCUGCUGCUGUAGAGGUAACAACUCGUCCGGAGAAGUUGUCCGAUAAAUCGGUCCUGUGUCCUGCAGCUCAGAACAAUCGGUAGAAAAACCUGCUAUAAACAACAACUGUUUAGUACACGGCAACCUCCAGCCACCUCUUCGUUCAUGGCCGCUCCGGCUUUUAGUACCAAACGAAAAUGGAUCUUGAUCUUUUUGUUGAUGUUGGCGAGAUAGCGGUGGCGCCCUACUCCCUGGGUGAAAAUCAAUGUGCAGAUCUGUGGCCGCCUUCGCCUCUACGGAUAAAGAAACACAAACAUUUUUGCGCAAAGUACAAGGAGAUCAAAGGACCGCUCGACCGCUUUCGCUUUCAUUCUGCCCCGGCGCGGAUUGAAAAACAAAAAAGACAAAGAACACAAACACGAACUACAGAACUUCCUACGGAAAAAUUCUUUGCGUACUACUUCUCUUUUCAUCGACCGCCGCGGCGGUUUUAUUUUACAAGCGCGGCAGCUGAUGUGCUACGAGCUAUUUCCAGUCGUCAUCUCCUCUGGCUACUUACUCGUCCGAGGAGAGCUAGAGCAACUUCAUCAACAACGAUCAUAUUCUUGCGCAUUGCUUCUUCACGAAAGUCAAACAUCCACCAGUAUUUGUCCUUUUUAGAGCUGCUCAACUUUUUCAUCACGAGGAGCAAAGAUGCCGGCCGUCCUGCCCUCUUCGGACGCCUCUACGAAAAAUGUGGCAGGCGAUCCAGGGUCAACCUCCUUGCCCCCGAACGGUGCACCAUCAAUAAAGCCACCCCUCCCCAAUGCGAAUCUGUCCCUGGUCGAUUUCCGUUCCGACACGGUGACCCAGCCGACGCGGGAAAUGCGCGAGGCGAUGGCCUUCGCGGGGACCGGGGACGAUGUGUACGGCGAGGACCCGACGGCGAACAACUUCGAGGCCUUGAUUGCGUCCGCUUGCCACAUGGAAUCCGGAUUGUUUGUCACCACCGGGACGCAGUCCAACUUGUGCGCGUUGCUGUCGCACUGCGAACGGGGCGACGAAAUCAUCACCGGGGACCACGGCCACUCCUUUUACUACGAAAACGCCGGCGCCGCGUGCUUCGCGGGGUGUCAGAUGUACCCUUUGAAAAUGGACAAGGGAAGGUACGAAUUUUCCGAUAUCGAGCACGCCAUCCGGCCGGACAACGUGCACUUUCCGCGGACCAGGCUGGUUCUGGUGGAGAACACGCAUUUAGGGCACGCGGUGCCGGUGGAGUAUUACAAAAAGCUGCGGGCCUUUGUGGACAAGCUGAACGAGGGGAGGAAGUAUUUUUGAGAUCAUACUUUUGAUAUUUGAGCUCUGCGAUUCCGAUUCACAUUCAUUGUUUCGUUUUUCGUAUGUUCUUUUAGAUGAUUCCGUAUAUUCGAGAGUUCCAUUCACGGUUGUCGUUGUUAAUGAAAAAAUAUGCAUUGAAUCUUGAACUACAAAAAUCAGACACAAGAUCCUGAUCCACUGUGACGGUGCCCGGAUUGUGAACGCGUGUACGUAUUUCAACGUCGAGCUGCAUGAGUUUACACAGUAUUUCGACAGCAUUUCCAUCUGCUUUUCGAAAGGCAUGGGCGCUGCGAUGGGCAGUAUGCUGAUCGGCAAGACGGACUUCAUCAACACCGCGCGACGGUGGCGCAAGGCCGUUGGCGGGGGUAUGCGGCAGGUGGGAGUUUUGGCCGCGGGGUGCGAGUUCGCUUUUCUCAACCACAGAAAGCGACUACAAGACGACCAUGACAACGCGGCGCUGCUGGCGAGUUUGAUAGCCAAAAACUGCGCGUCGUCUUUGAAGCUCGAAAACGAAGAGAACCGCACGAACAUGAUCUUUUUCUCCUUUGUUUUGACGGCGGAGCAGAAAAAACGGGACGCGGAAAUUUUUGACAACUUCGCGGUAUUUACGAGGGAGAACGGCUUUAUCAUGGGCAAUCCGAAAUACACGCAGGGCAUGGUUCGGAUCGUGACGCACCUGGACGUGGGGACAGAGGAUGUGGAACGACUAGCGCUGGCAUUGAAAGAAUUUUGUGAGACGCAUCUGGCUUCAUGAUAGGGACGAUGAAUCCGAAAAAACGACAGCGGAGUAGUACUCCAAUUGAAAGACGCAGCUUAUUGCUUCAGGUUAAACUCAAAUUGAAACUUCCCCGCCAAAGUAAUAAAUUAUGCGUAGUAU